AUGGAAAAUGAGAGUUUACAACGCCGUUCAACGGCUACAAUCAAGAAUAUGGGAGUAAAUUCUUAUUCUGCAUUUGGCGCUCAAGGUAACAUUACUGACGAUAAAUUAACUCUUUUACCUGUACUACAAAAUACACUUGCUAUUACACAAGAACGACAGACAUCCGAAUCAAAACAUACAUUAUACGACGAACAGUUAUCAUCAAGUAAUAGAACAAUGAACUGGGAUAUGGAAACAAAUUAUAUAUGCCCAACAGUUGUUCAUCAUUCUUCAAAUAAUAAUAAUAAUAAUUAUGUUCAUUUAACUGAAUGUGUUUUACAACCAAAUUCAUCGACAACGAUUAUUCAAACUCCACAAACAACGAAAUUGAAUAAUGAUGAUACCAUUGCAAAUACAAUACAACAACAAUCAACAAAACAAAAUUUUACAAAUUUUGCUAAUACAGAUCUCAAUGGUUCAAAAGUUAUCCGCUUAGUUCGUGCUAAACAAGCUACUAAACGUAAAUCAAGUUUAGAUACAUUAAUUGAAGUUGUACAAAAAGAAUUACUUCGUGUGAAUGGUCAAUCAAAUUCAACUUCACCACCUUCUUCUCCUCCUCAUUAUUCUCAAACACGUCCAACAACAUCAACUUCAAUAUCAUCAAAACAACCAUCACAACAACAACAACAACAGCAACAUCAUCAUCGAUCAAUGAUAUCUUCUGUAUUACCAUCAUCACACCCAGGUUCGUUAACAUCUCAAUCAAAUCAUUCAUUUAAAACAGCACGUAAACGAGUUAAUCAUCAUUUAAAUAAUACAAAACGAACACCAACUAAUCGACAUCGAAGUAAAUCUUUUAAUAUUAAUAAUGAUGAUCUAACAGAUGAUCUUGAUUUAUUGAAUGAAGAUGAUAUUGAUAAUAAUAAUAAUAACCAUCAUCAUCAUCAUCAUCAUCACCAUCACGAUGACCAACAACAACAAUUAAAUGAAUCUAUAAAUGAUAUGGAUUCAUCAUCAGAGAAUAUUGAAGAAAUUGUUCGUGAUACUGUUGAUAAACUUGUUGCUAUAACACUUCUUAAUAAUGCACCAUUUAUUGUUAAUAUGAUUACUGGUACACCGGGCAAUGGUGCCAAUACAAAUACUGACUCAAAAUCAUUGACAACUACUGCUAAUACAAAUGCUACAUCUAACGUAAAGCCUCCGGUAACUACAUCAUCAUCAUCAUCCGAUUAUUAUCGUAAUGACCUUGCUUUGCUCUCAUCAACUGCAAGUGAAUUACGAAAUUCUAUGCAACAAACAUCACCGCUUAAACAACAAAUUGUUAUUCAACCAUCCGCAUCCACACAUCAAUCAACAGAUUCAGUAAAACCAUCAACAGUAUUUGUUACACCACGUAUAUUAAAUUUUCAAACAGUCGUACCAAAACCAACAACAAAUAUACAAAUAGGUAAUACAAAAAUUAUUCUUGUAUCACCAUCAGCAAAUCCUUCUUCUCAACAAUCCCAACAGCAACAACAGCAAUGUCUUACUAGUAAUAGUCCUGUUAAACUAGUUAAACUAACACCAACUUUACCAAAAAAUGUUCAAAUUGUCAUACCAUCACGAACAUCUAAUGAAUCUCUUUCAACAACAAUUCGUCCUCUAUCAACAUUAACUACUUGUUCAAUUGAUCAAAUUCCUCAAGCAGCACAAGAAGUAACUAUAACAACAUCACCAAAUUUAAAUAAACCACGAAGACGUUCAUCAAGUACGACACCAACAGAUAAACCGGUUGGUAAAAUUUUACGACCAAUUGCAAAAGUUCUUCCAGUUUAUUCACCAAAUAAUAGUAAUCAUGUAACUAGUCCAUCAUCAACUAUAACAACAAGUCCAAUAAAUGAUGAAAUAACUAAAUCAAUGACUGUUAAUUUUCAACAACGUCCAUCGACAGCACAUGGUCCAAUGAUUUAUCGAAUGACAUCGGUGAAUCCGAAUGUGCCUGUUUUUCGUGUACGUGCUACAACUACUCCAACAUCUUCAACAAUGAAAACUGAUACGAAACCAAUAUCAGUUACAACUGCUACAAGCAUGUGUUAUGAACCUAAACAGACACAUAAUACAACGACAACAGGUGGAUCUGUUUCUGUACUUGCUUGCUUCAAAACGACAAAAAAAAGAAAUAAGGAACGAGCGAUUAUGCCACGUCCAAGUCCAACAGAUUCUGUCGACACAUCCCAUGAUUUACAACAACGAUUGACAACUACAACAAAUAAUACUUCAUCAAUACCGGCAACGAACGUGCCUUUAAUCAUAAACAAUCAUACAGCAACAGAUAAUGUAGCAAAUAAUAAUAAUUCAUCACUUUUUCCAUCGACAUCAACACAUCUUAUACAACAACAUAAUUUAUCAACAACAUUAUCUGAUAAAAAACCAUCAAAUAUACAUUUAAUAUCAAGACAACAACAUGAUAAUUCAACAAUAUCAUCGAAUGAUUUAAAUAUAUCAUCUCCGAAUAGUAUAUCAAUACAUCGUAAUAAUCCAAUACAAUUAAAUAAUAAUCCAAGUUCACUUAAAACAAUAACAACUCCAUUAAUAUCACCAAUACAACAAACAUUACGUACGACAUCAAAUAGUCGACCAUUAAUGAAAGAUAAAUCUAUUCAAUGUAUUGAUGAUAAUGAGAACAGUACAGGAGAUGAUGAACAAAUUACAAAAAAUAAUAUAUCAAAGAAAAGAAAUGGACAUUCGCAUGAGAAUAGUUCAUCUAGUGAUGAAAGUUGGACAGUAGCAGCAGACACUCUUCUUCGUAAUGUUCUUUCACAAUAUGGUUUUCGUUUUCUUGAUGUAAAUUGUCAACAAAAUUUAUCAACUAGAUUUGAUACUAUUCAAGCUAAUCUUGUUAGUGGUAUGAUAUUAUCAAAAGAUGAAUUUUAUAAAUCUAUUCUUGAUAUAAAAGAAACAUUACUCAAAAGUGAUUUAUCAAAAAUAUCUGCUGAUAAUCUUGAAAAAUUAUUUAAUUAUUUUGAAGUUGAAUAUCCAAAAAUAUGUGAUGGUGAUUCAAUACUUCGAACAAAUGAUCGAGUAAAUUAA